AUGAUGAAUAAGAAUGUCAACCCUACAGAAUUUCAACACAGUUUUACGAUCAAGGAUGCAAUAUUUUCACUCGCGACUGCCUGGAAUGCAGUCACGAGUGAAACACUUUUAAGAGCGUGGCGAAAGUUGUGGCCGAAAGUGAUGUUUGCAGCUCUAGUGUGUGGUCAAGACAAAGAUUUUGAAGGAUUCCACAUAAAGCAGAGGGCAUCUGAAGUGCAAGAACUGAUGGAGACUGUUAAAUUAUCUCUGGAAGACAACCCUCUACGCAAGCUUAAUGCUGCUGACAUAGAAGAGUGGAUACACAUUGACGAUGAUAUUGAAGUUGCUGCCACUUUCACUGAUCAAGAAAUCAUUCAAAGCAUUACAACUCCUGAGAAGAUAGAAGAAAAUUGUUCAGAAGAAUCUGGUGAAGACGACGACAAAGUUGAAGAAAAGAUAUCUUGGGCUGCUGCAGAAAAGGGCAUUGAAACAGUUAUUAAAUUUGUGGAACAGAAUCAUAGCUUCAGUCUUCAAGACGUCAUGCAGGCACACAUGGUGCAGAAUAAUCUUAUCACAAAGAAUUUACAAAGUCGUAAACAAGGUGAUAUACGAAAGUAUUUAAAGAAAGCAGUGUCAAGCAGUGCAGUAGAAGCUGCAAGUGUUCCAUCCACAAGCAGUGCAGCAGACGAUAUAGAAGUCGUGGAAAUCAACGAAUAA